AUGCCUUUAGGCAUCCAGCGCCUGAAUGCAAAGAAGACCCAGCCGAACGACAGAGUGGUCUUCAUCAAGCCUCUCAAGGGUAAGGAUGAAGCUGUCGCGCAGGACUUUCUUGAACGGAUUGCCGCACAAUGUCUCCCCAUAAUGAAAGAACACCAUCUGUCUAUCACCACACUCGAAGAGUAUGAACCCAAUCCUGAAUUUGUUGGGCGCAAUUUCAACGCAGGCGAGAUCAUCCAGCUCGUGCUCAAGGCCCGGUCAGGCCACUGGCUGCCCUUCAACUACGUGCAGAUGGUGAUGAUGCACGAGCUGGCGCACUGCCGUCAGAUGAACCACAGCCGCGCCUUCUGGAAAGUCCGCAACGACUAUGCGGAGCAAAUGCGCGUGCUAUGGUCUAGGGGCUACACAGGUGAGGGCUUAUGGGGCCGUGGCGCACUGUUGCGCACCGGAGAGUUCGAGAAGAAUACGAUUACAGCUGGCGAGGACCUGCCGGAGCACCUCUGUGGCGGAACCUACAAAUCGCGACGGAGAAAGAGGAAAGCAAAGCCGGAUCUAUCCUACCAGGAGAAAAAACAAAGGCGAAUCGAGAAGAAGUUCGGCAAGAAUGGCCUCGCUCUGGGUGCCGAUGAAGAGGUCAAGCUGCAGCUGGAGAAGGGCCGCGCGACUCAAGCAGCUCCAAGAGUCGCGCAGAGUAAGAGAGGGAGGGAGUUGAGGGCCGCCGCUGCGCUGGCCAGAUUUGACCAACAGAAGCAGGAGUCCGCCGGCGAAGGGAGGCCCGAUGACGACGACGAAGGCACCGCCAGCGAGAGCGACUAUGAAGAUGCAGAAGGAGAGGCGGCUGAUGCCGUCGACAUCAACGGGCAGAAACUUCUAGACACGAAGGGCCACAGCAUGGUUCGGGUCUGCGGUGACGAGAACCCCGACGAUCGAGAUGCGGCAAACGAGCUAAGGGAGUUACAAACGUCCAUGACGAGAUUUGUCACAAGCAACAAGAACCAGCCCAAUCGCGACAACAGGAACCCCGGCUCGUCAGCUGAGCUCUCAGCUCCGAAAGGAGAAUUAAUAAGUCAGCCCUACCAGGCCGCUGAGAAGGUUGAGCCGAAAGCUAGAGACAUGCAGACCCUGAGCAUGAAAACGGCUGAGGCACAGCCUCGCGGCACCGAAAUAGAGACGGUGGUGACUCAGGGCGCCGCCAAACAUGCAGCAGCAGGUGAGACGUGCAUCCGGCUGAAAGGACCGGACGACGUGUCGGAAAUCAACGACAUCCCGGCGAGAGUGCCGAGCACGACCGCAUGA